CACAGGUGAGGUGGAGGAAGAGCUGAGAAGACGUCACGUGGCUGGGAGGAGCACCAUAGUACAGUGGGAUCACAGAAGAUGAGGGUUUGUCAGGCAGAUGAGGAAUUCACUCUGGGAUACACCUUGAGCUGAGGUCUAGGAAAACAUCCAGAGAAGGGACCAGGCUCGGGGCUGCACGUUCACGGUGGAGUGCAGCAGGAAGUUAAGGACUGGGAGUAUAAACAGGCAGCUUUGCAUGGACAGGUGAUGGUGAACACACAGCAAUCACAAACUACACAGCAGGUGCCAUCACACGCCAGGCGAGGUUAGAGCACUCAUUACUGUGGUUGCCAGGUGCUUCAAGACCCUCUAAAAUGAGGGGCGUCUCCUUUCUCUGCUGGAACAGUGCUUCUCAACGUGUGUGCCAUCAACUGGCAGUCACCAGUUAGUCACUUGCUCCCUGUCCAAGAAGAGAAGAGGACUGUCAGAAGGAUGUAGAAAACCCAGUUUUUCUGUGAGAAGCAAAGAUCCUUUACCUAUACAUUUUACAAGAAAUGUGCAGAAAGCCAUUGAUAGAUAUACCUGUGAGUCCCCACCAUCGUUUUCCUCCAGCGGAAGCUGCACACCCACGGGAGGCCACACCUCUUGGUCUGGGUCAGCCACGCAGAGCUCCACCACCAGCUCAUCCACGGAGAAGGGCUCCCUUUAUUCCUGGAGAGAUGACGAAUUUGAUGAAGCCAGCGCACAGACCGUGCAGCGGUUACUCUGGGAGGUGGAGGAAAUGCUAUUUGAAGGGAAAGUGAACCCUCAGACCCAGAGUCUGCUGGCCGAAUGCGGGGAGUGGACAAGAAGAUCCCUCCAUCUGAGAGUAUUAGGAAGACAACUGAUCCUGCCCACUGAUGAGGGCGUCCAGCAUUUCCAGGGCAGCGCUCCUGGCUCCGCGGUCCACAGACCCCCACUCGGUGCCUGCAGACACAGCAGCAACAUCAGAGAGUUGUGCGUCUCUGGCUCUCAGUUAGUCCCAGUGGCACUCUCAGCCUCUGCUCUGCCAGGCCCUCACGGUACAGGGAUUGCUGACCUAGCAGCACAUUCAUGGCUGGAAGAGGAGGUUUACCUUGUGGAUGGGAAGAUCGAAGAGUAUUUUGCUUUUGACAGAAAAGAGAGUGAGGACAACCGUCUUGAACAAAAACCAGCAGCUCAGCUCGGUAGGAAAUGGCGCAAACUCGGACUUCCUCCUGUCUCCCCUCAUGACUGUGUCAAAGAUGCCGUGACAGCAGAAGUGUUUGAUCACGUCUGGACAAAUGUGGUAGAAGUUUUGCAAGAGCUGAUUAGAAAACACUGGGAAACUACACUCACAGCAGGGGAAAAGCAGAGAGAAAAAUUGAAAGUCGUUGGAAACAGAUUUCCGCAUGCCCUCAUUCCACGCGCUCAGGCUGAUGGAGCCAGUGGCCCCGGGUCUGGAAGCUCUGAGGCUCGCUGCGUCUCCCUGGCUUCUCAUCUGAACCCGCCCCAGGUUCAUCGCUUCUCCAACAACUUUUAUAGUGACAUGAAUGGUGUCAUGACAAUUCAAGCAAAACCACUUCAGCACAGACGGACCUGUUUUCCUGACAGAACGCAGAAUGAACAGGCGGACAAGCUGUCAGGUGGAGGGGCCGGUGUUCCCUCCUCCUCACGGCACAGACUGGGACGGGCCUCAGACACGCACCGAUUACUACCUUCUGCAAAGAAAACACCAGUGCCAUGGAGACUGCCUUCUCUUGUUCCAGAUCCACAGAGACUAAAAACCCCCAAUGUCUGUAGUGACGAAGUUCUUCGGGGAACAAAACUGAUGCACUUCCCCCUACGUAGGAGUUUCAGCAAAGCUUUUGAUCUCAGGGAUUCAUAUCCCACCGUGGCGUCAUUAGAAAGGUUCACAGGCGCAGACCACGUGGCUUCCCCGCUGGUCCAGACCUCACGGAGCAGGUUCCCACAGAUAGGCACAGAGACCGGGGAGCGAAACGCAGCAGUUCCUGGACCCCUCCUUGCUUCUUACAGAGGAAAAUGUCCGCAAAACUGUGUGCUGAGUGCCAUGCCUGAUGGUAUAGAACGGUCACCUCUUCGAGAAAGAACGGCCACCGUGGAACAGCUGUCAAGGCCCAGCACAACCCAUGCGCUCCGGUUGGAUGUGCCUCGAAAAAGUUCAUUGACCCAAGUGGAAUUUGCUGCUCAUACGUGGACGGGUCAAAGUAUUUUCACAGGUUCACAGCAUGUGCCUAGAUCUUUCCAGAGGACAACUCUGACCUUAAGGAAGAGAUUCCAAGUGAUAUCUUGAAACCGUUUCACCAGAACCAUCGGAGCACUCGUGGCUCAGCACACCACUCUUCACUUGAAAGGUGGAAGAACACGUAUUAUCUUUAGCUGUGCGUCUGGCCGCGUGAGAUGUCAGACAAAGAGAAAUGCCAACAAGUAAGUCCCUGGUAAAGAGAGAGAAAGUCAAACUCACCAAGCUGUUUUACUGGAAGCAUCUCCAAGGUUCCGUAGGCUUUGCUCAGAAGACCUUCCUAUGUGUUUACCCAUCGUUUUAUCAAUGAUACACAAACAUAAUUAGGGUGUGCGUGUCCCCACACGCUAAUUAUGUAUAAGAAUAUGGUAUCUAGGAAUAUGCCAUUUGCAACUUUGUACCCUGAGGUAUUUUCUAGUCUCGUUCGAUUAUAAUUCCAUCAAAAUCCUAGACAGUAACAGAUACUAGCAUUUGAGACAAUAUGCCGGUCUGAAUAACAUGGUCCUAGUCUUGUGACUUGCUCAUGCAUUUGUAAAAGUGCUUCCGUCAUGAAUCUCUUUGAGAAAUGUCAGUGGCUAAAUCUCCCAAACUAAUUUUCUUUUGUUUUCAUCUUCAAAUUCAGACAGUUCACAUGAAGCACCCCACAGGGUUGAAUGUAAAGGUAAUUAAAAGCUCUGGCAGGUGUUUACAGUGGAGGCUCCCCCGUGGGAGGGGAGCCUUGCACCCCCCAUGUGCCAUCGCGAGCUGGCCUUUGCUCAGUCACCCCCUCUCAGUGAUGCCGUCCCAGAGCCCUCGUCUCUUCAUGCUCUGUCCUCCUGCUCUGCUCGGCUUUUCUUCAGAGCGUGUACCUCCAUGUGACGUGACUGUAGGAGAGCAGACCGUGGGAAGGGGAAUCGGUCGAGGCCAGGCUCCGGGCCUUUCUCUCUCUUGUCCUCUCCCCACUGCUUUUCUUGAUUGUGAUUUAAGUCCUUACACUCAGUUUUUAUAUUCUCAGAUCUCAAAUCAGCUCAUUUCUUCUUUUCUCUCAGAUAAUUGCAUUUUAUUAGCCUAAUGAUUAUUAAUCCAAACUGUAACUUUAUAUGUAUAAGGUUAUAUAUAUGAGCAUAUUUGUGAACAGAAUUAUAAACUGUAUACACACACAAGUAUAUAUAUCCUAUAAAUGCGUAAUAAAUUAUUUUCAGAUUAUUUCUGGCUGGAAGGAGAAGGGAUCAUUGCCUACUUGUAGAUGUCUGGAGUUUAAAAGAUGUGUUGAGACUAAAAUUAAUAUUGUCCUUUAUCACAGAGUGACAAAACAGAAAUGACCCUAGAGCCUUGCCUCUGCUUGUUAAUUUCUCUUUGACUGAGACACCAUAGGCAGCAGUAGCAACAGCCACCACCACAUCCAUGACUCUUUAACAUGGGGGCAGCUCCAUGCAACCGGGGAAGGUUGCUAAUGCUUAGUUUCCUGCGUGAAACAAACCAAAGCAUUUUGGAGAAUGUUCUGCAUGAUUCCUAAACAUUAGCAAUAGACACUUUUAAGAACGAAUGUCUGUCUUAAUUCAGCAGCCCUCACACUUGAAGAAUAGUUAGGUAGGUGAGCAGUCUGGAGCCCUUGUGCAUGGGGCUGCUGGUUAACUGCUCUGUGGUGCAUUAUUACUGCUCAAAGCUCCCUGCACACUUGUUCUUUCAGAAUCAUUCAGGGUAUUUCAUAUCAAUUUCCAGGAACCAUCCAACUCCUUCCCUAUUCAGUUCAAACUCCUUUUUGUUUGUUUGUUUGUUUGUUUGUUUUACUUAAGUGUAGGGUAC